AUGGGUGGAAUCGACGAAGAUGGUAUGAUAAACCAUCUUUUCGAUGAUAUUCCAGAGUUUGCCAAUUCCAGUGGAAAUGAUAGUGGUGGAAAGUCAAGUAUUUAUAGUAAAAAUGAAACUAAUAAAAAUUCAGAAUCAACAAUUGAAAAUACUUCAGAAAAUGUUGGAAUUGAAUUGGGUAAUCAAUUGGAAAAAGAUGAAUUUCAAUAUGGAGGAGAUGAAACUCAUUUCCCACCUUCAAUUAAAUUUAUUCUUGGUAAUGAAAUUGGUGAAAGAUAUUCAUACUUUGCAAUGAAAAGUAUUUUAAAUAAUUAUUUAAUUAUGUUUAUGGGUUAUAAUAGUAAAACCGCUGAAACAAUUGGUCACAUUUUUAAUGCAUCUGCAUACUUUUUUACAUUAUUUGGAGCAUAUAUUGCAGAUGCAAGAUUGGGUAAAUUUAAAACAAUUUUAUUAUUUAGUGUAAUUUAUUGUUUUGGUGCUGGUAUUUUUUCAAUAACUGCAAUUCCUGGAGUUACUGGAUCUGGACCUGGAAGUAAAUCGCCAUGGGGUUUAAUUCUUGGAUUGGGUGGUAUUGCUAUUGGUACUGGUGGUAUAAAACCAUUAAUAAGUUCAUUUUGUGGUGAUCAAUUUGGUCCACAUCAAAAGAAAUUAUUAACAAGUUUAUUUCAAGUAUUUUAUUGGUGUGUUAAUUUGGGAUCAUUCUUUUCAUCAAUUUUAUCACCAAUACUUAGAACUCAAGUUGGUUAUUGGAUUGCAUUUCUUAUACCAUCAAUUAUUUUAAUAAUAUCAAUUGUUAUAUUCAUUUGUGGUACUAAAAAGUUUAUAAAACGUAAACCACAAGGAUCAGUUUUUUCUACAUUUUUAAAAAUCAUCAUUUGUGGUAUUCAAGAGAAGAUUAAAUAUUUAAAGGCAACCGAUGAUGAACCAUAUCAAGAUAUUUAUUAUCAAGAUAGUUACCUUGACAGAGCUAAAUUUAAAUUUAGUUCACAAUCUGUUGAUCAAGUUAAACAAGUUCUAAGGGUAUUAUUGGUUUUUACACCAUUACCUUUCUUUUGGGCAUUAUACGAUCAAACUGGUACUCGUUGGACAACUCAAGGUAAUAUAAUGAAUCGUAGAAUCGGUUCCAUUACAAUGGAUACUGAAAUCAUUGGUGCAUUAAACCCAUUGUUAAUUUUAAUAUUUGUACCAAUUUUCGAAUACGGUUUGUAUCGUCCAAUCGCUAAAAGAGGCAUAAACUUUUCACCACUUCGUAGAAUGGCAGCCGGUAUGAUUUUGUCAGUGAUUGCAUUUUAUAUUGCUGCUUUCGUACAAUUGGCAAUUGAUAAUAGUCCACCAAACUCUGUUCAUAUUGCAUUACAAAUUCCACAAUAUGUAGUCUUAACAUGGGGUGAAAUUUUAUUAUCAAUCACUGGUUUAGAAUUUGCAUAUGCAAAUUCACCACGCUCAAUGAAAUCAAUUGUUAUGGCAGGCUGGUUAAUUUCUGUUUCAAUUGGUAAUUUAUUCGAUGCGUUUGUAAUUGGUUUAAUUAAAGCAUCUGAAUUUAUUUUAUAUAUCCUUUUUGGCUCUGUAAUGUUGGUUUUUAUAUUUAUUUUCGUUUUCAUUGCAUAUUACUUUAAACCAAUUGAUCCUUCAGUUUUAGAUGCAUUAAAUGGCCAAGCUCCAACAAAUAUAGAUGAAUUAAAUUCAAUUGAAGUUGAUCAACAAAGAUUAGAUAAUGAAAUUGUCCAACAACAACAACAACAAGAAGAACAACAACAACAAAAACAACAAGGAAAAGAACAACAACAAGAAAAGAGUAUAAUCUCAUCUAAAAAUUCCUCACCAAGAUCUUUAAAAUCAAAUUCAUUAAAUGGAAGUACUAAAUUGAGAAAAUCAAAAGGUUUUAAAAAAGGUGAUUAUGAAAAUAAUAUAGAUGAUAUUGAUAUUCCAACUUCAUCUUCAAUGUGUAGAAGAAAUACAAGUAAUAAUAAUAGUUUAAAUAAUAGUAAAGGAAAUGAAAUAUCAACUAAUUCUGGUGAAAUUGUAAAUAAUAAUAUUAGCAAUGAUAAUAAUAAUAAUAAUAAUAAUAAUAAUAAUAAUAAUAAUAAUAAUAAUAAUAAUAAUAAUAAUAAUAAUAAUAAUAAUAAUAAUAAUAAUAAUAAUAAUAAUAAUAAUAAUAAUAAUAAUAAUAAUGAAGAAUUACAAGAAAUUGAUAUCGAUACAAGUAGUCAAUACACAAUAAAUUCAAAUAAAUCAAAUGCAAAAUAA